AUGCUAGCAUCCGAAUUACCAUUUGAGAUCCUUCUAAAUAUCUCAAGAUUCCUCCACACCAAAGACAAGUUUCAUUGCAUGUUCAUUUGCAGAGCAUGGAAAAUACCAUUUCAAGAAUCCAUGUGGAGAAAAGUGUGUAUACUGGAUAAAAAGAAACUAGAGGCUAUCUGUAGUACUUCUGCUAUUAAGGAUAAUAUAUAUUUAAACGGACACAACACACGAGACUUGUACCUGAACGGAAAGAUCCGAGCAACCGACUCUCAACUAUAUGCCCUUCAGCUAUGUUUUCAGAAUUUACGGCGCCUCUACAUUAAGCGGAAUUGCCUUAAUGAGACUGACUUUGGAAAGCAAGCGGAUUGGAACCUGUGGAAGUACCUGGAAGACCUAUGUAUCGUCCUGGACGAGUUACGGAUUGAAGACACAGAGAAAGUAUUUCUCGAUAUUGUAUCAUGCCUACCCCGCCUUAAACGGCUUGAUCUUAUACGGCACUCAUGGAAAACCAAGCUUGCAUUUACAAUGAAAGAUUUCGAGACUCUUCACAAACAUUUACCACGGCUAGAAUACUUAACCCUCAGUGUCGAUCUUGGUAGUCUAUCAAGAGAAGAACUAUUGCAGGCCAGAACUGUAGAUCCUGCCACAAAUCUUACAGUAUUUAAGGUUGACACUAAAAUUGCAGACCACCGAUGGCUAUAUUACUUUGCUCAAAAGUACCCUAACAUACACACUCUAAGAUGGGAACCAUAUGAUAAAAACGGAGUGACAGACGAUUAUCAAGAAGAGACAAGUUUUUUACUCAAGGGUGUUCGAUAUGCAUUUCAGCGCUUGAAAACUCUUAACGUACACAGUGCAGGAUCCUCAGAUUGGCUACAUCUAUUCUUUUGGAAGAUCCUCUGUCCUUCUAGCUUACAAAUCAGAAAUAUUUCAUGCAGGCCUUAUUUACAAACAAGAAAGCCUGAGAUUCUAGAAGAGAUCAUUAGGAUGUGUAUGGAUUCAUUCUCAAGAACAGUGGAGACACUAUCUAUUAAGGGACGAUAUCGAUUCAAUAUUCCACACAAGCUUACAGAGUUGUUUGUCUAUUCUCCUCAUCUGGUCUAUUUAAAUAUUGAUCAGUCAGAUGCUUCUAUAAUACUGGACGAACUUUUAGAUCGGUGCGUGGUUUUGAAGAGAUUAAGGUUUGCCUGUGGAUGGAUUUCUGUCAGUCCUGACUCGCACAACAGUCUAGGAAGGCAUGGACUACGGAUGAUAGAGAUAUAUGACUCAACUAUCGAUACAGACACAUUUGACUACCUUUCUUUUCACUGUAGGCAUCUAAACUACCUGAGCCUAACCGAUAUCAAAGCAAUUGGAAAAGUAUCUCCAAAGACUGGGAGUCUUUGCCUGAAUAUGUCCUACAGUUCCUUUGAAAUUUUACAUAUUUUUGGCAUACAGCUCUACCCUUCAGAAGACAAUAUUAAUCCCAACACUGUCGUCAAUAUCAUGGUCUUUUCUCGGCCGAUACCUGGCAAUAAAAAGCCCGAAAACGAUACAUCAAAUGCCACUGUAUUUGGCAGUAAGCAGUCAAAAAUAUUCACAGAAUCAACGUGGUUUCACUUAUACUGCGAUGAAAAGGAUAUGGAUAAAGGAGCACAUACAACCCGAAUAAUGAGAAAAAAGGAAGUCAAUCAAGCUCGUAAAUAUUAUCGUCACUUUCAACGCAAUAAGAGCGCUGCCAAAAAAUUAGACGAUAUACGAUCUAUAGAUGGACAAACCACUAGAUACGGAUGGAAAAAGGAUCUUCCUCGAGGUUAUGCUGUACUGAAAUGUGGUGAUGUAGCAAAGUACGUUAUAGGCUCUGAACUUACUGAUGCAGAAAUAUUCUGGAAAAAUAUAUUCGAUUCUUUAACUUGA